AUGUCUCACCAUAUGGUCACGUCUUGGGGUGCUACAUUACGUCCAGGCCGAAGCACCCUCCUCGUCCCUGAAGGAUUCGGUUUGCGUAUCACGAACGCCGCUCUGGUAGUCGGAGAUUUCAUCGUGGAUGCAAAUUCUGGUAGAACCUCUCUGUGGAUGACUCAUAUCAGGUCGCCGAGCAUACCCUCUCCAUUGCUUAACUCUCCGGCUAUGAAUGAACGAGUGAUACUGUUCACGUUAAUUUCCCAACGGGUUGAGCACCUGACACUCGACAUCACGUUCGCGGCAAAUGAGUACGUUGCUCUUGAAGUCGUGGGGAAGAGCUGCAUUUGCUUGUCCGGUAACUUCGUCUGUGCGCAAAAGGAUGUUUUCCCAGUCAACAAAUGUACCCUCAUGGAGUCGUUUUCAGCAGCAUCAUCUGAUAUCACACUCAAUACACUCAAUACAAUCCACUCAUCCACCUUGGCAGACAAACCUGAAGCGCUAUCUACGGGAAACGAGUCUGCUCAUUCAACAAGGGCUAAAAAACGUGCCAGAAUAGAAUCUUUGACAGCCUCAAUCAAUCCUAAUCCCCCGGCUUCCACGACGACCAGUGCUUUCGUCAGCAAAGCGUCUUCACAACGCCCUCGAUGGAGCUACAUAGGCGCACCGCCAGCGUCCGUGGCUUCGUCAAAGGCUUUGGGAAAGCGUCCUGUAUGUAUCUCUCUUACCGAGUUCUUCACUGUCUUUCUGACUGAGCCCAAGCGAACGGAGAGUACAUCAGAAUUCACAGAUGGUGUUUCUUCAGAUACAUCUGCUACGCCGACCCCGAUACCUGCUCAAUCAGCUUCGGCAGCAGCUCAACAGCCGGCUCUGAAAAUGAAGAAUUCGAAUGCAAAGUCCAGUAUUGAUGUCGCCCCAGCUGCUCGUCCAGCGAGCGUGGAGAAUGUGUCGAAUGCUGUUGUCAUAAGGGACCACAAGAAUGGAUCAGGGCAGCUCACUGCUACUCGCGGAGACGUGGUCAGAGUCUGGUAUCGACUGCAGUUGGCUGACGAGACGACCAUUGACUCGAGGAUGGAGGGCGCACCGCUUAAGAUUACGUUAGGCGAGAAUGUGAUCCUCCCCGAGAUCGAUAAAGGCAUCAUAGGCAUGAAAGUCGAAGGCGAACGCCUAAUCAUCAUUCCGCCUGCUCUAGGGUAUGGUUCUCACCAGCACGGUGCCAUACCCCCGAAUAGCACACUUUUCUUUCAAUGCAAGCUGUUGGGUAUCCAGCAAGCUGACAGCAAACAACAUCACUUCACCACUGGAGGGUACAUCGGAUGCGCGAGAACGCGGCGCGAGCGCCUCAUCGUCCUACUCUUCGGGUUGGACGCGCACGUCGUUUCUGCUGCAGAUGAGCACAUCACCUACGGGGUUGGUUUCGGCGUCCUCGGUAUCGAAGCUGUCAUCGAGAUCCCCAACGAGCGCGAAUUGGGCGACGACGAGGCCGAUGUUGCCCGCGCCCGUGCCUUUGCAGGUUCAGACGCCGA